AUGACAAACUCAGAGAAGAGCAUCAGCAUCGAACCAGGAUACCGCCCCGGUUUACUGGCCCGAUGUCUCGAGAUGCAUAUAGCCCACUAUCAUCCUGUAAACUCAUGGGGUCUCGCCUUCGAAACCUCGGUCGCCGCUGCUUGGGCCGACCUUAUCAAAAGACUCGAAUCCGACCCUCGGAAUCAAGUCUUUGCGGCAGUCCAAGAGACAGACGAUCCCGCCGCACUCACGCAGAAGAUUGUGGGCACCAUCCUGGUUGACGCCGAGAACAUGAAACAAAUCGGCACGGCACAGAUACGUGGGUUCAUAGUCGACGAGAGAGUCCGAGGUCUCGGCGUGGGCAAAAGGUUACUGAAUACAGCCAUGGAGUUUGUUCAACAGCAGGGUUUUGACCGGGUUUCACUUUACACAUCGAGAACGCAGGAGACUUCGCUGUUCCUUUACAACAAAGCUGGUUUUGAAAUUGUCGAGGACGUGGAGAAGGAUCUGUGGGGGUGGAAGACGAAUGAAUUACAACUCCAAUGGACACGUCCAGAUUUAUUGAGCAGGACUGUAAACGGUAUUCAUGUUAGACAGAAUGAUGUAUAG